UGUCACUCGGGCGAUUGCACAUUCCAAUCGUUUUCCUGAGACCGACGAAAAAGAUGAAUCAGAAAUUAUUUAGAAGUCUUUAAUAGAAAGGUAAUAAACAGAUCUUAUCGUGAGCAAAAUGGCCGUGAAAUCAGUCAAUGCAUCCUAGUGCAUAAAGAUACUUCAACAUAAUACAAAGCAGGGACCAUGUCUUCCAACGAUCCAUCCUUCCCUGCAGAACGAGUAGUAGCGCCGAUGUUGCCAUCUCCAGACAAAUACAGCAAGCAGAUAUUCCGCCACAGUGACUCUGAAUCAGACACGGAUGGUGAAAGCGAGGACAAUGCUUCUGCGGUUACCAACAACGACAACCUCAAAACCACCGACAGUUUAUCCCAAAACCAGAAACUAUUGACACCAGGCAAAGGUCGAAUAAAAGGUCGUAAGUCAAGGUCACAGAGGUCACGAAGGGUGGAAUGGGAGAUUGUUGAAGGAUUGAGGGACGGACAGAAGUGUGAGCGAUUGCCGGAAAAGUACCAAGGCUAUCUGUCGAAACGAAAGCGCUGGCCAAUGAAGGGCUGGCAUAAGAGAUAUUUUCUUCUAGAAAAAGGCAUCCUGUACUAUGGAAAGUCUCCAAGUGAUAUACAGAAGGGGAAGUACCAUGGCGUUAUCGAUACUGGUUUAUCAGUGCUGGCAUUCAAGAGGAAUAGGCACAGAAUAGACUUUGAUGCUGAAGAGAUGGUCUACCAUAUCAAGUUAAAGCGCCAGGUGUUUGAUGAUUGGCUAAACAAGCUUCGAGAACAUCGACUUUAUCGUCAGCACGAGAUCGCAUAUGGAACAAAGGAAUCACCAAGGCUGACAGAACUUAACGCUACCUCCCCGGUUGAAGAUUUGAACAACAUGAAUGCCAAUCUAAACUUGGCGGAAAAGGCUCGUGACUCGUCGUUACAUCGUGAGCUGUCUCGUCAUCCGAGUCUUAAAGGCCAAGAUAGGGUUGCAACCUGGUUGCUUGACACUCAAGGAUUUGAACAGUGCAAUAAGGCUUUAGCGCAGGCUCAGAAUCUCCUUUACCAGUUGAACAAAGAUUUGGAAUCCAUACGGGAACUGCCUCUUAAUACUGAAAACGAUCUCUUUGAUUGCGAAAACAACGAUAAGAAGAAAAAUCGGAGUUUUGCGGGCCGGAUUACGGGGAAGAAGAAGGAUCAUAAACGUAACGCUAGUCUACAGGAAACAGAAUCUAUACCACGUGUACACACGCAGCCUUCCAUCUCUCUACCCCCGACGCCCCAGAUCUCCAGUAGCAACGCCCCACCCACCUUCAAAAUCUCCAAGGACCAGCUGCGUUCCAGCUCAUCUAACCCCAACCUGCAUGUGGAUGACAAGCCCCGCCCAACAAGUGCGCCGUUGACGAUGGGAUUGUCACCGGAACACCAGUCGAGGGUCAAUGAGAUUAAACUGCGUGAGGGUUUCAUGCAUAAGGCUGACCAAGUGCAUGAGACCCUGCGUACCCUGUUUCACUCAAUGUCGACGGAGCGUGACCGGCUCAGGCAGACAGUGGACAUGAAUAAAGUAACCACGGUCACAGGCUCGUCUUCCAUGAAUGCAAUGAAACAGACAUUGGCUGAUGUAUGUCAGCAGAAUAAACUACUAAAGGCCCGACUGGUCAAGAUUCACAAGGAAUCCAACUUAGCGGAUCUUCACCUUUCCAUCAGUCCUCCAGCGAGUCCAGUGGAUCGCAGGAUGGCCGGCUUGUCCCAGUCUUUCUCAACAGAGAGCUGCAGCAUGUCAGAAUAUUACGAUGCUGUAGAAGAAAACAACCUGGAGUCUAUGAGUGAUUCAUCAUCAGAGAGAUCUGACGAAGAGAUAUCGAGUGACAUCAGUGAUGACAAUGAAACGGAAAUGAGCAUUACACAUAGUGCAUCGGAGGACAACAUUCUUACCAAGUUCCAGACAGGUCGUCGGUCCAAACUCCCCGUGCCUAAACCUGACAAGGGCGACGUAUCAUUGUGGAACCUGCUGUUUCGUAAUAUUGGGAAAGAUCUAACGAAAAUAUCCAUGCCUGUUACAUUGAAUGAGCCUCUGAGUAUGCUCCAGAGACUGUGUGAGGAGUUGGAGUACAGUGAACUUCUGGAGAAAGCAAAUGAAUAUGCCGACCCUUACGAGCGAAUGAUGUACAUCGCAGCCUUUGCAGUGAGUAGCUAUGCAAGUUCAUGUUAUCGAGUCGGCCAUAAACCGUUCAACCCACUUCUCGGGGAAACAUACGAAAAUAUACGGGAAGACAAGGGCUGGAAAUUUGUGUCUGAGCAGGUGAGCCACCAUCCGCCAAUAUCUGCUUGUUACUGCGAGUCCAAAAUCUUCCAGCUAUGGCAAGAUGUUCAAAUCAAGUCCAAGUUCUGGGGCAAGUCGAUGGAAAUACAACCGAUAGGGAUUGUGAAUGUCGUCUUGCCCAAACAUAAAGACCACUAUAGAUGGAACAAAGUGACCACGUGCGUCCACAACAUACUUGGUGGUCAGCGCUGGGUAGACCAGUUUGGAGAAAUGACAAUCACCAAUGGAAACAUUGUAUGCAAACUCACCUUCACCAAGGCAAGCCACUACUACCAAUCAGAUAAGAGACACGAGGUGUAUGGUGUUAUAGAAAAUGGCGAGGGUAAAGUUGUCCAUAACUUGUUUGGCAAAUGGAACGAGGCUCUUUACUGUGGACAUGCUCCGUCAGCAAGGUGUAUAUGGCGACCAGGUAUGAUGCCAGAAGACUAUGAGAUGUACUAUGGGUUCUCCCGGUUCGCCAUGGAGCUCAAUGAGAUCCUUCCUGAUGAAAAACCCCAUCUGCCGUCCACAGACUCAAGGUUUAGGCCCGAUCAAAGGCUAUUAGAAGAGGGCAGAAUCCCAGAGGCUGAGAAAGAGAAAUCCCGUGUAGAAACUCUUCAGCGGGACAGCCGGAAGAAACGAGAAGCGAAGAAACAGGAGUAUAAGCCUGCCUGGUUCAGGAAGAACAAUGCCAAUGGAAAGGAUGUGUUUGUGUAUGACCACAAAUACUGGGAAACAAGGAAAGACCCGGACUUUAGCAAAACUCAGCUCCACAAACUAUGGUGAAAAAGAAUGGUUGAAAUGAUUGUUGCUGUUCAUAAAACCACAGCUGGUUAGGAAACAAUACACUUUGAUUGAAAUCUCCAGUUUUAACAACAGUGAAAUAAAAAAAUGAUGUAUUUUUUGCUUGAAAUUUAUGGCUUUUACAAUCUUUGAGUGAGGAAAGAAGAUCAAUACUGCUGAUGAAAUAUUGGUGGAAGAAAAAAGCUAUUUAUUGAUAUUUAAGUUACGAAGAACAGAAGACAAGACUAUAGGAAGAGAAGGAUUUGCUUACUGUUUAAAAAACAUGUUCUAAGUAAUAUAUACAAAACUUUGGUGAACUUAAUAUAUAUACUUAUUAUAUAGAUAAAUAUAAUGUGUAUUUCACUGUAAGAAAUAUUUUGUUUGGUUGAGGGGCACAAUGAAAAAAGCCAUUUCAGUUCAAUUUUUGGCAUUAUAUGCUUGUUCGUUUAUCAAAGGAAAGGUCAAGGCUAUCAUAGCUUUUGUGUUGUCACCAACUGUGGCAUUGGUGUCAGCAUUAAUAAAACGUGGGCAUUAAACUAAAAAUAUUUAAGAUAUUUAAAUGAAAUUUGGUACACAAGUUACCAGACAUUCAAAUGGAAUUUGGUACACAAGUUGCCAGAGAUUCAAAUGAAUUUGGUACACAAGUUGCAAGAGCUAAUAUACCCUUUUGCAGCUAGGCCUUGACCUCUGGUUUAAAUCAUUUAUUAGCGUUAUCUACCGCCUUUUUUUAUAAUAAACAACAGAAAAGUUUAGGCAUCUGCUCUGUGGCGGUCGUUUAAAUAUAAAAAAUCACCACAAACCUUGUCAAUUUAACCUAUCUAAUAUACAUGUACAUGUAGGAUAACUUCAAAUGUUUAUACUCGAAGGUGAUGGCAUCAUAUGCAGGAACAUGUAUCAUUUAAGUUCAUAAUUAUAACAUUUUCCGUGGUGAAAGUUCACUGUAAUAAAGCAUUCAGGUUUAAAAUCACUAUUGUUAGUUGUGCUAUGCUCACAAUUGUUUUCAUCAAUGUUUGAUAUUAUUUGUGAUAAAUGUUUUUGAAAUGAAACGAUUUGUUGGAAAUCGAUAUUUGAGUGCACUUACACAAUUCAAAGCCUAAAGCAUAAAACAGGUACUGAGUGUUCCAUUAUGCAACUUUUUAUAAAACUGUAGACUGUCAUAAUUUUGUAAAAAUUAAGAUUUUGCAGUUUCUUAAACUUCUCAAUAUGUUUAAUUUAACAAUGUUUGAUGGGGAUUUAGUUAUGAUGUCAAAACAUUAAGUGAAAUAGGUCAAAAUAAAAUGCAAAAAAAAAGGACCUUAUGGAAUUAAAACCAUGUACAGAACUCAGAAGUUAUAAUGUUUAUAACAUGAAUAAGGUGACUGGAUAUGUUAAGGGUACGGCAGAUAAUUAAAUAGCUCUCAUAUAUGGCAAUUAUAAUUUUGUUUCAUUGAAGUUAUUAUUGUCCGAUAAUCUUCAUUCUUUCUCAGUUUCUAUAAAAAAGAAUUGCAUCAUUUAAAUUCAGUUCUUUUUUACCAUCAUAAAUGAUAACUUGUAUGGACAAAGGUCUUAAUUCUUUCACCAGUAACUGAACUAUAAGUUGGGAAUUAGAUUCAUAUGUUCUACCACUGUAUACUUGAUUUUAUAUACUAAGAUAUGUAUAUAUGCUACAUACAUGAUGAUGAUUGAUAAAAACACUGGUGUUUUUUUAUAAGUGAAUUAAAAUAAAGUGUUUAGAGCAUGCCCUCUCACAGAUUGAAUGUUUUGACAACUUUUUUUAUGUUUUUGUCUUAGAAUGAGCCAAUUUUUGCAAAUUUCGAAUGGAAAUAUAAACCUCUGUGAUCUGAUCUUUUGUCAGCAGUCUUAUAUCACUGGUUUACAGAGAUUUAUUCAAAAUUUGACUCGUACAAAGACCAAAAAUUAAACAGUUUUUCAAUACAGUAAAAUCUGUGAGAGUGCUGCUUUAAUUUCUGCUCAAUUUAUAUAAACUGAAAUGUUUUUGAAUGGCAUACUCGCUACUGUGAUAAGGUGGUGAAAUAUCAUAUCGUGGAUAUUGGGCUAUAUAGUUUGACUUUUAUUUUGUUCUGAAAAAACAACAACAUUAUUUUGCAUUCCUGUGUACUUGUAUUAUAUUUUUAUUUUAUUAUGUAUAUUAUUUACUAUGACUCGAACAGCUUACAUAGAACAUGGCAUGUUUGUUUACAAUGGCUUAACAUGUAUCUUUUAAAGGCAUAUUUCAUCUGUAUACAUUAUUUGUACUCACUUAAGUAAUGUUUAUGUGUUAAUAUUUUACUGUCAUAUCAAAUAUCUGCUUUUCAAUGUACUCCAUGCUCUUUAUUUUCUAUUAUUUAAAUGGUUUGCAUUUUGACAUUAAAACUCAUAUCUAUGAGAAAUAUUUACUUAUUAUCAAGUUGUAUUUACAAAAAACAUGACUCAGAUUGGCAUUUGUUCAUGGAUAAAUUGAAAUAUGUAUACCAUAUAUCGUUAUAGUGGCUUAAUAUUUUCAUUCAUUUUCACUCAUAAAGUGAUUAAUUGUUAUUUAACUAGACCAUAGGUAAUAGUAUAUGUCAUAAUGUGUAUAUGACCAUAUAGUAUGCUUUGUAUUAGGGAUUCAAACAAACGGCAAAAUUCAGUAAUUAUUUUGUUGAAUAUUUGAAUAUUUUUCGAUUACCGUAAUGAAUAUAUUGGAUGUUGUAGUAAACUCUAACUGUUUGCUAUAAACAACGAUUUCCUUAUUAUUGUAUGUCAAAUAAUUUUAGUGCUGUCGGAAUACAAGAAUUUAUUGCAGAGUGUGGCAUAUAUUCAACUUGUCAAAACCUAGAAAAGCACAAUUUAUUUGGUUAUGUUACCCUUGUUCGGGUUUAAAAAAAUAAAUAAAUAUUUGAUUACCUAUAUAUUGACAUUUGAAUACCAAACAUUCUAUCGAACAUUUAUUUGCAUCCCCACUUUAUGUUGAACCUGGUAUGUCAUUAUAAUUGUUUUUAAACUGAUGACAGUCAAACACAAAUGUGUUCAGUAGAAGUAGUUGUUAUAAGUCUCUUAUUUUUUGGAUAUGGAAUACAAAUUAUACAAUGUUGGGGCUUUAUUCAUAAAACAUCUUAAGUCAUUUCUUAAUUUAAGGAUCAUUAUUCAAUUUAAGCCUCUCACUGGCUAUAUGAUAUAAAUACUUAAUGACGUCCUCAAAGAAUAUUUUCAUUACAUAAAAUGCACACAUUUAUGUUAAAAAAAACACCUUCUAAUCAUCUUAAUUUAAUUAUAACAAAGUUCAAGAAAUUGACUUAAGUAUGAGAUACAUUAUUGACAUUAGAUGUUUUAUGAAUACUAUCCAAUUUUCUUAAUAGUACAGCGUGUGACUAGCCAUUUUCAUUGACUUAAAAUGUAGCUGAAAGUUUAUUCCUAAUUUUGAAUAUGCAAAAUUUAUAUCCAAAUGUCAAUAUCCUCAUUUGUUGACAAAUGUAAUGCAAUUUUCCAAUAUUUCAAAAAAAUAAAGUUUUUUUACAAACAAUAUACAUAUUAUAAAUACCCUUACAUUUGUAAGUAUACAUUGCUCGUAUAUUUAACAUAAGAAUUAAAUAACGAACUCUUAUUUAUUACUGUUAUAUUAUUAUAUAUACUUUUAUUAAGUUGUGUUAAAAUUAUUUCUGGAUUGUUAAUCAUCAUUUGUUACUUGAAAUAAUAAAAAAAUGUAUAUCUGUAAACCCGUUAUAUGUAAUUGUGUUUGUUUUACCUGUCAAAUCUUUGGAUUGUUUUUAUGUUUUAUUUUGUCGAACAUUUCCAAAAAUAAAAACCUUGAUUAUUCGGUUUAUAUGGAAUCAUUUUCAUUGCAUUAAACACUGAAUAAUGUAUACAACUGGGAUAUAACAAUUAUUUAAGAAACUUUAAACCCCCUAAAAAGUUUUCUGCUGGAAAUUGAUCUUGUAAGAAAGUUCAGAGGUAUAUUUAUUAAACAGGAUUUCUUACAGAUCUGUGACAGUUGGGUGUUUUUGAUUGUCUUUAAUGAUAUAGAGACCAUUUUUCGAACUUCAGUGUAAGAUUGAAAUUUAUUUCACUGAAUCAUUACAGAAAGCUAUAUUUUUAAUAGUGGCACAGAUACAAAUCUGACACAAAUGAAAACAUAAUUUUCUGUUAACAUAAGUGAAAUAAUUUUCGAUCUGACACUGAAAUUUAACUGAUGUUCUGUUCCUUUUAUGCAAUUUCAUUAGCAAAAAAUGUCAAUUAAAAUUAUGUGAAUUGAAAAAAUACAUUUAAAAUUAUAAUGAUGUGAAAUGACGUCAUUUGUAAUUCAUCUCAAAAUUAUUUGACCUGGCAAAGUGAAUUCAACGGUAUUUUUAUUAAGCAAUACCGGAACCAAGGGCAAUGAAAAUAUCCAAAUCGAUAUUUUCAGUUUAGUGAAAAUAACUAGUGAAAAUAAUGAUAUUUCAAUGAAAAGCAUAACUUCUUUUUUAUGACAAUUCAUUCUAUUGGCAGUCGUUUUGGCAAUCUGAAUUCAUUCAAUGUGGCAAACUAAAACUACCCCCAAAUGUCACAGCCGGGAUUCUGGGGCAUAAUGGUUUGCUUCAUGUAUUUAACAACUCUUGUAGCAUUAUCUCUGUAACACUAUUACUUAAAUCUUCUCUGUGGCUGACUUAUCAACAAGCUUUAUCAAACAUGGCUAGGUCAAGAAUUUUAGUUUAAGAUUGCCUUAAAUCUGCACUCUCGCAGAUGGACCAUUUUGACAACUGUUAUAUUUUUGUCUUGGAAUGAGCCAAUUUUCAUGUAAUUGUCAGCCGUCUUAUAUCACAUAAGACGGCUGACAAAAGAUCGGAUCGCAGCUUUUCAUAUUUACAUUCAAAAAUUGAUGUUUUAUUUUAGCUAUAACACUUCAAUUUUGGAACAUUAAUAUUAAAAACUUUGAUCUGAUAUUAUAUCACCAGUAUAACACUGGUUUCCAGAUAUUUACAUCAAAAUUGGUUCAUUCCAAAAAAAAAAAAGUUGUCAAAUUGGUCAAUCUGUGUGAGUGCAGCUUUAAGAUCACUUAUUGAUUGAAAGUGUCUUUUGCAAAUUCAAACUAUAUGUGUCUUUCUUGACCAAUAGAACAAUUUGUUUCCAAAUACACUCUUGCGAACGGUGGUAACAAAUUGGCACAGGAGGAGCAAUGUUUGAUAAGCACAUACAGAGCUGAUUAUUCUACCUUCUGUACCCUGUGUGUAGGAGAUAAUAUAGAAUAUUUGAUAAAGUGAUCUUUCAAUACAAUCCUUGAUAUGAGUCUAUGCUGCAGUUUGACUAGGAUUAUACUUUAGGCAAAUAUUUAUCGGGAUUUUGAAAGCAUAUCAAUUUAGCCACUGCCUUGAAUUUUAUUUGAUGCUCCAUUUUGAAAUAGGUAGUUGGUUCAUGAAUCAUUGUGCUUUGUUUGAAUUUUAACAUGAAAGAAUUGCUGUCUUUAAAACAAAUUUAAUUUUUCAAAUAUUUUCAACAUAUUUCUAAAUUUGAAAGUUUAUGAAUUAACUUAAGAACUUAUUUGUUAAAAAUAGCAUACCUUCAGAGAGGGGCCUAUUUGUUUUUGCCAUUAAAUCCACAUUAACUUACAACUAACAUUAACUUACAACUAACAAACUCUUCCGGGUACUGUAUUCAGUGUGUAUUUGAUAAGAUAUCUCUGUUAUCAUUUUAAAGUUACCUGUUAUUGAAAAUAAUUUGUCAAUAAAUUAUAUUGCUUUUUU